AGACAACGGGUUGGGUGCUGGGAGGAUUUUGCUCCGCAGUGGGACAGGAAAGGGCAGGAAAACCCAGAGGGCGCAAGGAGCCGAGCACAGUGCUGCGGGGUGCCGGCAGACCCUGGGACCAUGGCCAAGCUAGUGGAGUGUGUCCCCAACUUCUCGGAGGGGAUUAACAAGGAGGUGAUCGAUGCGCUGGGGCAGGCCAUCUCCCGGACGCCGGGCUGCGUGCUGCUGGACGUAGACGCCGGCGCCUCCACCAACCGCACCGUCUACACCUUCGUGGGGUCCCCCGAGGCCGUCAUCGAAGGGGCACUGAGCGCGGCCCGCGUGGCUGGGCAGCUCAUUGACAUGAGCCGACACACGGGUGAACACCCUCGCAUGGGGGCCCUGGACGUCUGCCCCUUCGUGCCGGUGAUGAAUGUGAGCAUGGAGGAGUGCAUCACCUGCGCCAAUGUCUUCGGGCAGCGCUUGGCAGCGGAGCUGGGGGUCCCUGUUUACCUGUACGGAGAGGCGGCACAGGAGGAGAGCAGGAAAGCCCUGCCUGCCAUCCGUGCCGGGGAGUACGAGGCGCUCCCCGAGAAGCUUGCAAAACCAGAGUGGGCUCCCGAUUUUGGGCCCCCAACCUUUGUUCCCCACUGGGGGGCCACCGUGACGGGUGCCCGGACCUUCCUUAUCGCUUACAACAUCAACCUGAUGUGCACCAAGGAGCUGGCUCACCGCAUCGCCCUCAACAUCCGCGAGCAGGGCCGCGGUGCCGACCAGCCCGGGCGCUUGAAGAAGGUGCAGGGCAUUGGCUGGUAUUUGGAGGAAGAGAAUAUAGCCCAAGUUUCGACAAAUCUGCUGGACUUUGAGACCACGCCGCUCCACACCGUCUACGAGGAGGUCUGCCGAGACGCACAGGCACUGAACCUGCCCGUGGUGGGGUCCCAGCUGGUGGGGCUUGUCCCCAAGAAGGCCAUGCUGGACACGGCCGAGUUUUAUAUCAAGAAGGAAAAACUCUUCAUCCUGGAGGAGGAACAGAAGAUCAGGCUGGUGGUCAGCCGGCUGGGCCUGGACUCCCUGUCUGCGUUUCACCCCCGGGAGCGCAUCAUUGAGUACCUGGUGCAGGCAGGAGAGGUGGAUGGGGGGCUGGUGGCCAAGCCACUGGGCACCUUCGUGCGAGCAGUCGGUGGCAGGUCGGCAGCACCAGGAGGAGGCUCCGUGUCCGCAGCUGCGGCUGCCAUGGGAGCGGCGCUGGGCUGCAUGGUGGGGCUGAUGAGCUACGGGAAGCGGCAGUUUGAGGAGCUGGACCCCAUCAUGAGGAAGCUGAUCCCCCCCUUCCACCAAGCCAUGGACGAGCUGGUGGCAAUGGUGGACGCCGACUCCCGUGCCUUCAGCAGCUACAUGGAAGCUAUGAAGCUGCCAAAAAGCACCCCUGAGGAGCGGGAGAGACGUGCGGCUGCCAUGCAGCAGGGGCUGAAGACAGCCGUGAGGGUGCCCUGUGCCCUGGCAGAGAAGGUGAGUGGGCUCUGGCCUGCUCUGAAGGACCUGGCAUGCCACUGCAACCUGGCCUGCAAAUCUGACAUCCAGGUGGGAGCCAAAAUGCUGGAAACGGCUGUGUUUGGAGCUUACUUCAAUGUCAUGAUCAACCUCAAAGACAUAACGGAUGAGAAGUUUAAGCUUGCGAUGUCGCAGAAGGUCUCCAGGCUGCUGGAGGAGGCGAAGCAAGGCUCGGCGCUCGUGCUGGCGCUGCUGGAGAAGCGGGUGGCCUGAGAGGAGCUUGGGGAUGGGUGCGGGGGCUCUGCAGCAGCAAAUACAGCUGGGAAACACA